UACCAUUAUAUAAUGUUGGGCAUGUAACUGGCUCGGUCCAGUCAUUGACUUGCAACACAACCUGGUCGUAGAUUGAUGGCGAAUCAGUCAGUCCAAUGGCAGGCUGAUGGAUAUCAUCCUAUAGGCCUUCGGAUCCGGCUUUAGCAUAAGCGAGCCGACCAAUAGCCAGGGGUAAGGAUCCAUGACCUUUACAUUAGCGCCGGGAAAGUGAACGUUUAUGGUACAAUCUCACACAUCGUCAGGAUCCAGUGAACUAGCUACAUUCCAGCAAUACAUAUAAAGCCUCAAAUUCAACCCAGAACAACCACAAACAUACCCUUCAACAACUCUCACAAUGCGCUUCGUGUCCAAACCCCAAGACACCUACCCCACAGGCACCGGCCCCAAGGUCAUCGCCGCAGGCCUCCCCCGCUGUGCCACAAGCUCCCUCCAGACCUCCUUCGAGCAACAUCUCGGCUACGGGCCAUGCAUGCACUUCGCGCGCAUCGCGCCAUACGCCGAGCGCCUGCGUCUCGUCCGCAGCAUGGCACUCGAGCGGGACAAGGCCACCCGGCAAGCCAUGCUACGCACACUCUUCGACGUGGUCAACUCCUCGGCCGACUUCCCCGGGAUGUGGUUCAUCGAAGAUCUGGUGGAGAUGUAUCCAGACGCACAGAUUAUCCUCAAUAAGCGGCGCAGCGGCACCGAGUGGCACAAGUCGUUCAUGGACACGAUAUACUGGUUCUCGGUCCCGAAUGGGGUGUAUGCGUGGGCUGCGUGGCUGGUGGAGACGGAUCGCGAGCAGGUCAACCUGUUUCGCGUGUUCUAUAGUCAGUUGCCGGAGAGGUAUGGGGUGGAGGAUUGGUGUCCUGAGAUGAUGGAUCGGCAUUCCGAGUUGGUGAGGAGGGUAGCAAGGAAGCAUGGGAAGGAGGUGUUGGAGUGGGAGCCGGCUGAUGGGUAUGAGCCGAUAUGCAAGUUUUUGGGCAAGGAUGUUCCGGCGGAGCCGUUUCCGAGGACGAAUGAGACGGCGGAUAUACUGUUUAUUCAGAAGUUCUUGCUUGUUAGGGGGCUGGCGUAUUGGUUGGCUGCUCUGGCGACGCCUGUAGCUGUGUUUUAUGCUGUUCGACAGCUUUUGUUCUAAGUUAUGAUAGCUGGUCAUUUGGACUAUAUUCGUUAUCGUUAGAAUGUGUAUGAGCUGAUAUGACCGUGGCUCCAGAUUAAUCAG